GCGGGUCUUUUUAUUAGCUCGUAUUUGUGGUGUACUAUUUUAUGGAAUGUUGGUAGUGGUUAUGAUCAAUUCGAUAGAAAAAGGGGAAUUUUUUGUAUUUUUCGUUGGGGAUUCCCUGGAAUAAAUCGGCGCAUUUUCCUCCGAUUCAAUAUAAAAGAUAUAAGGUCUAUUCGAAUAGAAGUGAAAGAAGGUAUUUAUGCUCGUCGUGUCCUUUAUAUGGACAUCCGAGGCCAGAGGGCUAUUCCUUUGACUCGUACUAAUGAGAAUUUCACCCCGGGAGAAAUUGAAAAAAAAGCUUCAGAAUUGGCCUAUUUUUUGCGUGUACCGAUUGAAGUAUUUUGAGAAGGGGGCUACACCUCUUUUCAGUUACUUUUUUUUCUAUUUUUUAUAUAUUUUCUAUUUAUUUUUCCAAUUGCAUUUUUUACUAAGACUCAGGAAUACUAAUUAGCCAAUUGACCAGGCAGUUUUUUAUUAGCACAAGCAAAUCCCCUAGGAAGUUUAAGUAUUCUAUUGCUUACUAUUUCAUUCUAAAUAUUUAAAUAUCUAAACAUUCAGUAAUUUUUUUCUUUUUAUUUUAAUUGAAAGAUUUGUAUCGGAUAUCUGAAUUUCAUCUGUAUUCUUUCUAGAUUCAAAGACUGGCCAAAAAAUCACAACAAAAAUCAAUACAUACUUUAAUAUACCUUAUACCUUGUAAAAGUAAAAACUCAUAUAUGGUGGGUUCAUGAAAAAUAAAAAUAAAGUAUUCACUCCUCUUUUAUAUCUUGCAUUUGUAGUCUUUUUGCCCUGGUGGAUUUAUUUCUUAUUGAAUAAAUGUCUGGGAUCUUGGAUUACUAAUUGGUGGACUACUAGGCAAUCCGAAAGUUUCUUCAAUAAUAUUAAUGAAAAGAGUCUUCUGGAAAAAUUUAUUGAAUUCGAGGAAUUUCUAUUAUUGGACGAAAUAGUUAAAAAAGACGUGGAGACACACCCACAAGAAUUUAUUAUAGGAAUCCAUAAACAAGCAAUUCAAUUAAUAAAGAUACAAAAAUAUAGUGAUAUCCAUCUUAUUUUUCGUUUUAGCGACAAAUCUAAUCUGUUUUUUUAUUCUAAGUGUUUCUGCUAUUUUGCGUAAUGAAAACCUAAGUCUUCUGAACUCUUGGGCUCGGGAAUUCUUAUAUAACUUAAGCGACACAAUCAAAGUAUUUUGCAUUCUCUUAUUAACUGAUUUAUGUAUCGGAUUCCAUUCACCCCGC